UUAACAUCAGGAUCUCAGGUAUCCAGAAAUGAUUGCCAUUCGAAUCUAAAAUUAGCUCCUAUGUGGUCUUGCGAGAGACUGUAGCCAUAAAGAAGCAAGAACGGCGAACCUGACACAUGGAUUUCCUCGCUCAGAUUAACCACCUUUUUAGGCGCGGUGAGAUUUCUGAACAAAUCUACAAUUUCAUUAAUGGCGAAUUCGUUCCACCCGAGGACGGAAGAUUCGCUGACACAUUGAAUCCGAGCACGGGUGAAGCAUUAUGUAAAUACCCGCUGUCCGGUGUGAUGGAUUUAGAAAAAGCUGUGGAGGCAGCAAGCUCUGCAUUUAAACACUGGUCAAAAGUGUCUAAGAUGGAGAGAGCGGAAGUUUUAAAUCACGUGGCUGAACUGCUGACAAAGAGAUCGGAAGGAUUCGUUCGCGCCGAGAUCAUGGACCAAGGACGAGCAAUUCAUGGCGUUAGCAAAGAAGACAAUGAGAUUGCAAGAGAAGUGCAUAAUAUAAAACAUUUUACUGCACAGGCCAUUGCUACAAAGGAAUCAGCAACGCGAACGAAAGAUUCUGUCAGCUAUACAUCUCGUUACCCACUUGGUGUAGUUGGAAUAAUUACUUCAUGGGCUUCACCUCUUCACUCCAUUUUGUGGCACGCGAUCCCAGCGCUGGCCAGCGGUAACUGCGUAGUCAUUAAACCGUCAUGCUUGGCUCCCAUUGAGGUCCAUUUAAUGGCCAAAACGUUCGGCGAUGCAGGGAUUCCAAAAGGUGUGGUAAAUGUGGUGUACGGUAAAGGCGAUGUUAUUGGUAAAGCUAUGGCUGAGCAUCCAACCGUGAAAGCCAUGGCAUUGGCAGGGAGUGAAAAGACUGUAUGCGCCAUAAUGAGAGCAAGUCAGCUACUUUAUACAAAGAAGUUCACAUUUAGCUUAGCAAAUUGUCACCCGAUGAUUGUCUUCGAUGAUGCUAAUCUAGACGAAGUUCUCCCUGUCGCCAUCAAAGGAAGUUUUCUUCAUAGCGAGGGCCAAAACGUUCAUUCCAUCAAUCGUAUUUUCGUCCAAGUGUCCAUACUUCAAUCAUUUAAAGAAAAAUUCAUCAGACUGGUACAGAGAUUAAAAAUUGGGAGUCCGCACGAGACCAACACACAGGUUGGUCCUUUGAUAAGCAAGGAGCACCGCCAAAAAAUGGUAGGGUUUAUCCAAGGCGCAGUAAAUGAUGGGGCGGAAAUUUUGUGCGGCGGAAAAAUUCCGAAACUUGACAGCAAGUUGGACAAAGGUUACUUCCUGGAGCCUACGGUACUUGGAGGUUUUCAGUGCUCUACUGUCAACACCAUUAACACAUUGGAAGUUCAAGGACCAGUGGUACGAAUAAUACCAUUUCGUACUGCAAACGAGGCUAUAGAAGGAGCCAAUGGAACAAUGUACGGAUUGUCUGCCUCGAUCUGGUGUAAAGAUGUUAGUUUGGCUCAUAGCAUUGCGGACCAGGUGAAUGCGGGCUCCGUGUGGAUAAACAGUUGGCUACCAAACGAACCCAGCAUGCCUCGCGAGGGCUGGAAGAACAGUGGACUCGGGCGAACAGGCGGAGUUUACUCAAUGGACUUCUACACUGAAAUCAAAUCAAUAAGCAUUAAAUUCUGACUCGUUCUGUAUGGUGCUUUUCUCGAUCUGUAGUCACAAUUCUUCAGUGAAUUUCGUGUAUAAACCGUUACUUCUGGAAGCAGAAAUCUUGGAAUCGGAGACAUGACGUACACUACAGGUCGAUGUUUUUCGUAACGAAAGCCUUCAGUUGUUGUUAACUUCCGUUUCAAUAAACAUUAAUUUAUUAAAUAUCAGCUAGUUUUACUUUUUGUCAAGAUUACGUAAGCUGGGGAAACUGUCAUACCCAUUUUAUUCAAUACUCACGUAAAAUUAAGCGAACACUUAACUAU